AGUCCGUCUGUCCCCGGCCGCUCAGCGUCUCUCUCCCGCAUGCACGGAGCAGGACCGGCUGCUGUGGGAUUUAUUUUUCGGAGUGAACACCUGGAUUACUACAAAUAAACUAUUUUAUAUUUGUUUUCCUUUUUUUUAUUUCACCGACAACCUGCCACCAUGUCUCGCGCUCCGGAUGAUGUGAGCAAACUCACAGAGAAUACUUACAAGAAUGUGAUGGAGCAGUUCAACCCAGGCCUGAGGCACCUGGUCACCCUCGGGAAGAACUAUGAGAAAUCAGUCACAGCGAUGACUCUUUCUGGGAAAACCUAUUUUGAUGCAGUAUCGAAGGUCGGAGAGCAUGCAAUUGUGUCUCCAGUCUCCAGAGAGCUCGGUGUGGUACUGAUGGAGAUCUCCGAUGCCCACAGGAAGGUCUUCAGUGACCUGGACGAGAGCUUCAAGAGGUUCCACAGGGAGAUUAUUAUCGAGCUGGAGAAGAAGACAGAGAUGGAUGUGAAGUACAUGAAUGCCACCUUCAAGCGCUAUCAGUCGGAGCACAAGGUGAAGCAGGACUCUCUGGAGCGCUCGCAGACAGAACUGAAGAAGCUCCGGAGGAAAAGCCAGGGCAAGCAAUCCUCCAAGUAUGAGAUCAAAACUAAUGAGUAUGUGGAGACCAUCUCGUCGCGCCAGAUGGACAUGCAGAAGUUCAUGGCUGACGGUUGCAGAGAGGCCUUACUGGAAGAAAUGAGACGCUUCUGUUUCCUGGCGGACAAACACUGCAUGUUCUCUUAUCAAAUCAGCAACUUCCACCAGAAAGCCAAAGACACGCUGUCUAUGAAGCUUCCCAGCUGGCAGGAAAAGUGCAGCGACAUCACCAAGGUGCCGGACACGGUGACGAACAUGAUAGAUGAGCUGUCCAGCACUCCAGAACAAUCGCCGCACAAUGAACGCAACAACAGGAACAAAGUGGGUUCAGGGGUUCCUCCUCCAGCACCGCAACUGAAAGCACAGACCAGUCGCCUCGUGGACAUGUUCACAUCCCCUUCACUCACACAACUUUCAGACCCCACCGCAGACCAGAACAGUCUCGGAGAUGUCAGUCUGUCCCGGUCCACGUCCCAGUCGUCCGGUCUCAACGUGGCCAGGAAAGCUCGAGUGAGGACCAUCUUUCCCCACGCGGCGGGAAACAACGACACGCUCCUCAGCUUCGACGAGGGCGACAUCAUCUCCCUGCUCAUCCACGAAGAGAAGGACGGCUGGCUGUACGGAGAGCUGGAGAAGACACAGCAGCGUGGGUGGUUUCCCUCAUCUUACUGCAGACCUUCAGUGAUAUCAAACAGCAAUCUGAGCACGCCGGUGCGCAGUCUGAGUGUGUCCAGUCUGCAGGAGCAGGAUGAGGAGGAGCCGGUGCUGCUGCCCCCCCCAGACUACAGCGACGACGCCCCCUACAACCCCCCCUACUCCACACCCUCCCCCAAAAGCACGGUUUCUUUAGUCAAUGGGACUGCAAACGCUCCCUUUCUAGGGGGAGGGAAUCCGUUUGCCACAGUGAAGCUGAGACCAACAGUCACGAAUGACAGAUCUGCACCACACGUCUAACACACACACAAUUGAAAGAAAUGAUUUUCACCGCUGUCAUGCCUUCAGGGGAAUCGUGCAACAUGGGAGCCCUGCGACACACCGAAUAUCACCCCAACCCGACGUCUCAGCAGCCUGCAUGCUAGUCUCUCUCACCUCUAUUAAAGGGAUCCAUUGUUUCUUGGCGUGUGUUUGACUGUGCCAGUGUGCGUUUGACAUUAGCAACAACACAAACACUGCAGAAUCAGGAAGUCUGCACAGUUUUGUAGUGUCGUUUUUUGAGUUAAAGUGAUAAUUCACCCCAAAAUGAAGCCAGAGUUUCUGCAGUUAAUUGCUUUUAAUGCAUUGGCAGUUUGUACCUGCUGUGACUUCAGCUUUGAUACAGAGUAAAGACAGCAAACAGUCAAUUAUGAAGCUGAGAUGAUGAGAUAUAAUUGCACUGGAUUACAUGCAAUGCAUCAUUUCCUAUGGAUGCUUCAUGCAUAAGGGAAUCUGGAUCCAGCCAGGGAACAGCAGACUACAGAUAAAACCCACAACACUAUGUAGAGAGGUAAAAACUGAAGGAUGGAUGGCUAUUGCAAGACUAUAAAGUUGCAAUAAUGGCAUUUAAUUUAAUGAAAAUCCUAAGUAUUUAAACUUUUAAUUUAGGAAAACUAGCAACACUUUAAUCUCAGACUCUUCACAAAGUACUUCAAACAACUUUUAACAGAUUACAAAUCGAAUAUUAAACAGUUUACUUUUUUAACUUUCAAAUUCUUCAGAAACUUGACAGACAUUUUAUGCAUUCAUUUCAAGAUACAAGAUAAAACAAUUCUACGGUUUUAAUGUCACAUGCACAUAAGCUACAACGUGGAAAUGGCAAUGAAAAUCUCAUGUCCCGAGCUCAAGUAAACUGACGUUAGAAUUGUAAUACAAAGCUGAGAUACUCUGUCUUCUGGCUAGACACCGAUGGAGUUUCUACAGACAUGCUAACAAGGAGAUCAAAACCUGAAUCUUCAUUUUGGGGUGAACUGUCCCUUUAAGAUGCAAACGAGAUGCUCACAGUGUCAGGAGGUCUUUCCAGGCUCCUGUGCUGCAGUCAGUGCAGUGAUUCAAAUGAAGGGAUCUGAAGGAGAGGAUUAGCACCCAGGCUGCCUAUACCUGACUUACCGAAAUAUAUAUAUACAUUGUUAUUUUAUGUUUUUAAUAUAGUUAUUUUUUGUCUUUCUUAUGAUGGACUGUGAGAAUGAAGGGAGAGUGACGUGUUGGGGAAAAUUGUCAUUUGAGUAAAGGCAGAACAGUAUGUCGCUGUUUGUAAUGAGAAGGCUAUUUAUAUACACUAAGUUUGUAUAAGAUAUUUAAAUAAAGAAACAUGUACAGAAGUCCGUUCUGUAAAGGCGCCCCUUUAAUAUAAUUUUAGAUUGAAUGCUGGUAUGUAUUUUAAAUGACCUUUUGAUGCAAGGAUUAUUUUUUCACUCCUCAUGGUUUCACUGUUGUUUAAGAUUCUGUGUAAAAUGCACAGUUUAUACAAAAUACAAAAUGUACCUAUGGUAGACAUUUGGAUUGUAUGAAUAAAGUGGGUCGUUAAAAAAUUGUAUUAACUGUUUUGUGAGGACUUUUUCUGCCAUAUAAUAUGUAUAAUGAGAAACUGAACAGUUCAUCGAUCCUCAUUGACCCACUCGUGUGUGUAAGUGAACCCGUCGUAGUUAUUGCCACAUGCUUUCUUCAGAGAAUACCUUGCCACUGUGUUGACAAAUGUAGUCUUUUUUUCUCAAUAAAACAGAUAGAAAAUUCAA